GUGAUAAGUACACGUGGCAGAAACCCAGAUACUGCUUCUGUGCACUUCACUUCACUUCUACAAACUCGCUCUCUCUCUUCUCUCUCCUAUCUCCACACCCAAAAACCAUGGCCUCACCAACUCUCCUAACUCCCACUUCUCAGCCAAAACCCCUUUCUCCCUUCAAGCCCAAAUUCACCGCCACCGCCCUCAAUGCCAAUGCAUCCGCCAACGAUGCCGGAACUUCGAUGACCCGCCGCCGCGAGUUCUUGUCCCUCGCCGCCGUCGUAACUCUAUCUCCGGCGUGGCUCUUGCCAGUCCGACCGGCGAUGGCGGCCGAGGACGAGGAGUACGUGAAGGAGACGGCGGAGGUGAUCAACAAGGUCCGCACGACAAUCAACAUGGACAAAAACGACCCCAAUGUCGCCGCCGCCGUCUCCGAUCUCAGAGAGACGUCCAAUUCUUGGGUGGCCAAGUACAGGAGAGAGAAGGCCUUAUUGGGCCGGGCCUCUUUCAGGGACAUGUACUCGGCCCUUAAUGCUGUUUCUGGACAUUACAUCAGUUUCGGCCCAACAGCUCCAAUUCCUGCCAAGAGGAAGGCCCGUAUCUUGGAAGAGGUGGACACCGCUGAGAAGGCCUUGUCAAGGGGAAGAUAAUUUAGUAUAAAGGCAAGCAAAAUUUUUUUUUUUUUUUUUUUUUCAUUUUUGAAACUAUAAAAAUCGAAUUUGUAUUUAAAAAUUUAAAUUUAAAUUUAUUCUCUUGGAGUUUGAGGUCCUAGGAUAUUCACUUCACUUGGUGAAUCUACGAGGGAAAUAUAUAGUGAAAACCUUGUUUGAGAAGUAA